AUGGACACUGCCAUCCUUUCUGUACCGCUCAUUAUAUCUGCCUGUCCUGCUUCCUCAUUUUUGUCUCCUGUGAAGUCAAUAGUUCCAAAAUUCUCGCUCAUUCUGUGGAGGGAAGAUUUUCUCAGGCUCUUUGGUACCACCGGGAAUUGUGCUGCCUGCAGUAAACUGAUCCCUGCCUUUGAGAUGGUGAUGAGGGCCAGAGAUAAUGUUUACCAUUUGGACUGCUUUGCCUGUCAGCUCUGCAACCAGCGAUUCUGUGUGGGAGACAAAUUUUUCCUGAAGAACAACAUGAUCUUGUGUCAGAUGGACUAUGAGGAAGGGCAGCUGAAUGGGAGCUUCGAGUCCCAGGUUCAAUAACAGACCCUGCUUCACUGAAGCACUGUGGGAUGGGCGCUUGGCCGCAGGAGCAGCGAGGGCGCCUGUCAGCUUGCCUGCAAUAUUUUUUUAAUUCUUGGUCCAGAGAGGACUAUAUACAUUGUAGUACUUUUCCCCCCCAACACAAAGCAGUUACAAUUUUAGAUGUGCAGUUGUGCCUGCUUAGCUGAGCACUGCAUUGCCUGUAUGUUUGUGAGUUUUUGGGGUCUGGGGGAGGGCUCUGUACAGUCUGUUUUCUGUAUAUAAACUGGAACAUUUAUUUUAUGAAAAAUGUAAUGCGAUUUUAUUACUGGUGUGAAUUAAAAAUUAUGAAUGUUUC